AUAAUAAAAUCAAUAACAAAAUUCUGGAACCUGAGACGGGCUGGCGGCAAGCAGUCUAGUCUAGUGCUGUGCCCCCCUCCCUGUGAACCCUCCCCCCCCGGGCCCCAUUUUCCUGCUUUUGCUGCAGUCCCCAAUGCUUGCUUUCUAAAGUUACUGGCAAUUAUUGCUGCUGUCGCUGCGGCCAGACGCCGUCAUCUCUCUCACUACACUCUUUCUCCCGAACCCGUCCAUCAUCUUCUGUCCGACCCUUUUCCUUCUUUCCCCUCCACACUCUCGAUCGUUCCGCCCGUCUGGCUUCAUCCCCGCUGGUUAACCGUGACUUUCCUUCGUUUCUGAUUCUUUGUGUCACGGUCUCUUAUUCCUCCUGUCGCUCAUUGCCCCCCUCCAGUGUCCUCCAAGUCCUCGUCUCCCACCAUGCGCUUCCUCCAUGGUGCUCUCCAUGGGGGGCUGCUUUUGAAUACCGGCCUCUUCGGCCAUGUCGCACAUGCAAUCGACAUUGAUAUCAAUAGUGAAUCAUCCAUCAAGUCUGCGGCGAGCGAGGCAGCGUACGGGUCAAUGACCUGGUACCACGGCAAUGAGACUGGUGGAAACCCUGGUGCAUUCCCAUCCAAGUGGUGGGAAGGCAGUGCGCUUUUCAUGAGUUUACUUCUAUACUAUUACUACACUGGCGACAGCACCUACAACGACGAGGUCCGUCAGGGUAUGCAGCAUCAAGCUGGCGAUUGUGACUACAUGCCCGCCAAUUACAGCAGUUAUCUGGGUAACGACGAUCAAAUGUUCUGGGGUCUUGCGGCGAUGACCGCGGCCGAAAUCGACUUCGCCGAUUCGACCGAUGGCUACUCCUGGCUCGCUCUCGCACAGGGCGUCUACAACACCCAAGUCGCGCGCUGGGACACCUCCAGCUGCGGCGGCGGUUUGCGCUGGCAGAUCUGGCCAUACGAGGCUGGUUAUGACAUGAAGAACGCCAUCUCCAAUGGCGGAUUGUUUCAGCUGGCCGCCCGUCUGGCCCGCUACACGAACAACGAUACGUACGCCGACUGGGCCGAGAAGAUUUUCGACUGGUCCGCCUCAGUUCCGCUCCUCAACAACGAAACCUGGAAUGUGGCUGAUUCUACCGACAUCGAUAAUGGAUGCACAACGCAGGGAAACAACCAAUGGUCCUACAACUACGGCACCUAUCUCAUGGGAGCUGCAUAUAUGUAUAACUAUACGGGCAAGGCUAAAUGGAAGACUGCCGUUGAUGGCCUACUCAACGUGACGCUGACUACUUUCUUUCCGGCCAAGUAUGGCGGCAAUAUCAUGUCGGAGGAACUUUGCGAACCCUUGGAGGUGUGCAACGACAACGAAAUUCUUUUCAAGGGUUUGGUCACUGGGUGGCUUGGGUUUGUGGCCAUGGUCGUUCCCUCGACGUACGAUCAGAUCUUGCCGAAGCUGCAGGGUUCCGCUGAGGCUGCUGCUGCUUCCUGCGAUGGCCUGGGCAACAACACUUGUGGUGUGCGGUGGUACCCUAAGAAGUGGGAUGGCUGGAAUGGCAUGGAGGAAGAGAUCGCCGUCACCAACGUCCUUUCGUCUGUUUUGAUUACCACCAAGAAAAAGGGCCCAGUGACUUCCACCACCGGAGGCAACAGUACCAGUGACCCGAACGCUGGGAGAGGAGACAGCACUGGUGAUUCGACUACAACCCGGACAAUCACCGCCGGUGACAAGGCUGGUGCAUCUAUCUUGACGAUUGUCUUUGUCUGCGCGUGGGGUGGCAUGGUUGCUUGGAUGCUCCUCGGAGGUUAGCCCACGGCAAUGACAGCUUGGUCUGACGUUGCUCUUAUAUAGUACGUGGUUGUCAUCCUACCACGCCGACAUAUUUCGAUUUCUGUUUCCGAGCAUCCGAGGUGCUCUGGGUUUGAUGGGUCUGGUACAUAUUGUAUUGUUGAAAGGCGCAAUGUGUAUAGGAUUGGAUGAUUCGUCUCUCGAUGCCUUUUAUAUGUGAGGUAUAUGAUUGUAUAUAGAGAAGAUAAUUUUGGAAGUUCUACAGGUACACAGUACGGAGUAUACCUCUUGCG